AUGAACGGAGCGGAGAGGAGAGGAGGGGACAUGGGCGGGGCUGAGGCGCCUCUCAUUCCCCCUCCAUGCUUAGCGGGGCAGCAGGGCUGGAGAGACCUCCGGGGAGCACAGUCGCCAGUCCAGCACGGAGACUCGCCGCCCGGCCACAGAACCGCGCCUCACACUUGCCAGGAUUGCCAAACAUUCCUGAGAAAUAUACCUGCUCUUUAUGGCAUGUGGCUUGUAACUUUACUCCUGCUGUACUCUCUCCAAGAAGUACACAGUGAGGAUGUGGGCUCUACCAGGCUGUACUUUGUGAACGCCUCCCUGCAGAGGGUAACCUACUCCAGCUCGGUGGGGGUGUCCCUGCCCUGUCCAGCAGGGGGCACCCCCAGUGCCAUACUGCGCUGGUACCUGGCCACCGGCGAUGACAUCUACGACGUGCCGCACAUCCGCCACGUGCACGCCAACGGCACCCUGCAACUGUACCCCUUCUCGCCCUCCGCCUACAACAGCUACAUCCACGACAAUGACUACUUCUGCACUGCCGAAAACCAGGCCGGCAAGAUCCGGAGCCCCAACAUCCGCAUCAAAGCUGUUUUCAGGGAGCCCUACACCGUGCGAGUGGCCGACCAGCGCUCGAUGCGGGGCAACGUAGCCGUGUUUAAGUGCCUCAUCCCUGCUGCCGUGCAGGAGUAUGUCAGCGUCGUGUCCUGGGAGAGAGACACCGUAUCCAUCGUCCCAGUGCCCAGCGAGCCCCCACAGAACGUGCGAGCCAUCUCUGUGACGUCGGACGAGGCGGUGAUCACAUGGGCCGAGCCUCCACGGCUGACACUGCACGGUGUGCUGAAAGGCUACCGGGUUGUGUUCUGGUCCCUCUUCCCUGACGGAGAAUGGGGGGAGAUGCAGAACAUCACCACGACCCGUGAGCAGGUGGAGCUGCGAGGGUUGGAGAAGUUCACCAACUACAGUGUUCAGGUGCUGGCCUACACGCAAGCUGGAGACGGGGUCCGCAGCAACGUGCUGUAUAUCCAAACACGCGAGGACCUUCCUGGUCCACCGGCUGGAAUUAAGGCAGUUCCCUCGUCUCCAAGUAGCGUGGUUGUGUCCUGGUUACCACCCCACAAACCAAAUGGUGUAAUCCGCAAGUACACCAUCUACUGCUCCAGUCCAGGUUCUGGACAGCCAGCGCCGAGCGAGUACGAGGCCAACCCCGAGAUGCUCUUCUACCGCAUCACACACCUCAGCCGCGGUAAACAAUACCACAUCUGGGCUGCAGCCGUGACAACUGCCGGUCGUGGGAACAUCAGCUCAAAGGUCACGGUGGAGCCUGCUGGGAAAGUCCCGGCUAAGAUCCUGUCCUUCGGUGGCACAGUGACCACACCCUGGAUGAAGGAAGUGCGUCUGCCCUGCAGCUCCGUGGGAGAACCCGCCCCCACGAUUAAAUGGACCAAAGACAGUGAGGACUCUGCCAUUCCGGUGACAGCUGACAGCCAGCGGCAGAUCCUAUCCAAUGGCACACUGGUGCUGCGUUCAGUCAAAGCAGAGGAUUCUGGGUACUACACCUGUACAGCCACUAACACGCUGGGCUUUGACACCAUCAUAGUCAAUCUUGUGGUGCAAGUUCCUCCGGACCAGCCUCGUCUGACAGUCUCCACCACCUCCACCUCCUCCAUCACCCUGGCUUGGAUCCCGGGGGACAAUGGAGGAAGCUCCAUCAGAGGGUUUGUGCUGCAGUAUUCUGUGGACAACACAGAGGAAUGGAGGGAUGUGUUCAUCAGCUCCAGCGAGCGCUCCUUCAGGCUGGACAAUCUGCGCUGCGGAACCUGGUACAAGGUCAAGCUAGCCGCCAAGAACAGCGUGGGCUCAGGGCGCAUCAGUGAGAUCAUCGAGGCCAAGACCCAUGGAAGAGAGCCGGUGUUUAACAAGGACCAGCCGUUGCUCACCCACAUCAACUCCACACAUGCAGGGCUCAACCUGCAGGGCUGGACCAGCGGUGGGUGCCCCAUCACCGACAUGAUGCUGGACUUCAGACCCAAAGGCACCUGGGCCUGGCAGAGCCUCAAGGCCAACUCCACCACGCAGCUCUUCCUCAGCGAGCUGCGGGAGGCCACGUGGUACGAGCUCAAAAUGAAGGCCUGCAACAGCGCAGGGUGCGGCAACCAGAGCUCCCAGUUUGCCACCACCGACUACGAUGGCAGUACAAUCCCCCCCAUUAAAUCAGCUCGUGGUGAGGGCGAUGAUGUGAAAAAGCUCUUCUCCAUUGGCUCUCCCGUCAUCCUGGUUACUCUGGGUGUUGCGUUGCUCUUCAUUAUCCGCAAGAAACGCAAGGAGAAGAGGCUUAAACGUCUCAGGGAUGCCAAGAGCCUCGCUGAGAUGCUUAUCAGCAAGAACAAUCGCAGCAUAGACACUCCUGUGAAGGGCCCUCCUCAAGGACCGAGGCUCCACAUCGACAUCCCCCGUGUUCAGCUACUCAUCGAGGACAAGGAAGGCAUCAAACAGAUAGGGGAGGACAAGGCAGCGGUGCCAGUGACAGACACAGAGUUCAGCCAAUCAGUGAAUCCACAGAACUUCUGCACAGGCGUGUCACUGCACCACCAAGCCCUCAUCCAGAAUUCAGGGCCUUUGAUUGACAUGUCAGACAUCCGUCCAGGCACAAACCCAGUGUCCAGGAAGAGCAUAAAAUCAGCCCACAGCUCCCGCAACAGAUACUCCAGCCAGUGGACGCUGAGCCGGCCAAGUCAGAGCCAGUCGACGGCCUCUGCACGAACUCUGACCUCGGACUGGCGAACGAUGGGCUCUCACGGCAUCACCGCAACGGAGAGUGACAGCUACAGCGCCAGCCUCUCCCAAGACACAGAUAAGGGUCGCAACAGCAUGGUGUCAACUGAGAGCGCCUCCUCCACCUAUGAGGAGCUGGCGAGGGCCUACGAGCACGCCAAGCUGGAGGAGCACCUGCAGCAUGCCAAGUUCACCAUCACAGAGUGCUUCAUCUCCGACAGCUCAUCUGACCAAAUGACCACAGGAACCAACGACCCAGCGGACAGCAUGACCUCCCUCAGCACGCCGUCUGAACCGGGCAUCUGCCGCUUCACCGCCUCGCCACCCAAACCGCAGGACUACGACCGUGGUAAAAAUGUGGCUGUGCCCAUUCCCCACCGCGCCAACAAAAGUGAAUUCUGCAACCUUCCCCUCUACAUGAAGACAGACCCAUUCUUCCGCAAGCAAGGGGAGCUGCACGACCCAUGCCCGGCUGUGCCUCCGCGGGAAGCCUCGAUCCGCAGCCUGACGCAGCGGGCGUAUCACACCCAGGGCCGUCACAAAACUCUGGACCCUGCCAAGCAGCAGGCCCUGACGCUGGGCCACUCUGGGCUGGGCAGCUUGGGUUCGAGCUUGGGCACCGCCACCUUGCCCCAAAGGACUCUCACCAUGCCCAGCUCCAACACCGCAGCAACAGCUUCCACUUCCAGCACAGGCAGCAACCCCACCAACAGUAACAAGGUGGGGGGCUCCAGAGACUCGCUGCUUGAGAGUAGUUCCUCUGCACUGGGGAGACUGCAGAAACAGAGUGUGGGGGCCUACUCCAAGUCAUACACACUGGUGUAGUCCAUUCUCUUGCACAGACUUGCACUGCUGUCCCACUCCUCAGCCAGCCCCACCCUGGCACUCUUCAGUCUGGGUCAGAAAGGGCAUGCAACCAUCUUUCUUCACACCCAGCUAAUGGUGAACUGCCCAGCACCCUGUCUAGUUUUCCUCGGGAUAGGUGCUCCCCCAGACAGAGACCCAGCUAACCCUACUUUUCAUGCUUACCUGGGACUCUGUAUAAGAACUACUAACUCCAACUAACAGUUCCAGCCGGCUGGUGCUCAGCUCCGCGCAGUUCUCACAGGAGCUGCACAGCAAAAAAAAAAAAAAAAAAAAAAAAAAAAACAGGAAGCGAUUCUGUGGUCAUUUGGACAUUUUGACUAUAACUGAGCUUAAAGCUCUGUGUUUAUGAUGAUGAAGACUACAAUAGCCAGUAUGAAGCUGUGUGGCCACCCUGUCUCUCACGCACACACAUGCUGUCCUCCAUAGUUUGAGUAUUAUUGUCAAUUUGCAGGACGUCCCGUUAAGUUCCCUAUUCUUACUGUAUCUUUCACCCUCUAUGUGUCUCUUUAAGUCCCAAAUAUCUAUUGGCAGAUUCAAUUCCAAAAGAAAUGAUUCAGGUUCCCUUCCAAGAAAGAAAAAAACACUUCCAUCACUUCAUGUGACAGAAUCUCUCCAGCUGAACAGUGUCGACGACUCAAACGAACCAGCUAUGAUUAUUCACAUUACAAAUAGAGAAUAUUUGGUAAUAUAAAGAAUUUACAUAUAUAUUUCUAUGUAGGUAUAUUAUUGACGUUUACGUUAAAUAAUGACAAAGUAUAAAUUGUAUGUGCCACAAUAGUGUACAUACAGAAAUUAAAUGUUAAUGUCAAAUUUAAGACCGAGACAAUCGCUCAAUCAUAAAAUUUUAAGAAGAGAAAUUUAAAGAAGGUUUGACUAAAGAAAGAAAAAAGGUUUAGUGUAUAUACAGGAACGUCUGUAUAUUACUUGUAUGUAGGCCGACUAUGAGAAGUGUCCCAUGAUGAGAUGGGAAAAAGCAUGAAAGGCUACUUGUAGUUUCAGUUCCUGAAAAGGGAAAAAACUGACUGGUUGAACAGAUUAUAACCUCCCCGGUUUGCAACGCCUACUUUACUGUGUGUGUUCGGUGGAAACAAUCACGACAGAAAGCCUCCUCAUCGGGACUGUCUGCAGUCUGAUGGGUUGGUAAAUACAUGUACGUUCAGAAACCAAAUAAUCAGUGUUAAAGAAGAUCCCUAAAAAGGUUUUAUGUUUAUGUUGCUAGUAGCUGGAGGCGAGUAUUAAAGCCUCUGUACUGAAAGUCACAGAGAUACUAACAUAUUCAGCUUUUCAGAGAAAAGAGAUAAAUAGCUAAAGGAAUCCCAGUUAUGAUGUGAAUGAAAAAUAAUAUAAUAAGAAGAAGUUCUAUGUUCAGGGAGUUCAUUUAAAAAAAGAAAAUGAUAUAAUGUUCACUCAAUUGAUAUCUUUGUUGUUGCCCUGUCUGAAGUACUGUAUACAGUAUGUCCCAGUUUAUUUACCACCACACCCCUCCAUUAAUGUACGUUCACACAAGAUCCUAUUGGGAUGUUUUUUCAAGCAUUGCCAUGAUAGUGUUUUGUGGUUUGUAUUUUUUUAUUUGUUUGUUUUGUUUGUCCAGGGGAGGGUCGUAUCUGUCAGUCUGUUGAUUUUUGAUUUGUAAUAUUCCUUUUAAAUUUAAUUUGGGAUUUCGACAAAAAUGUUUGAUUCCAGAGGCCAAACAGUACUGAGGUAUGUGGCCUGUGACUAAAACCAGUUCAGCCAAGUGAAAUCAGGGACUCGUAGCUCUUUUAGUCACACAAACUACUAUUGUAUUGUGUAUAUACUGGACUGGAGGUGGUCUGUAAACCUGAAGCAUUCAUACUCCCGUCCAUUUCCCCUGCUCAGAUAAAUUAAAGUAAAAAGUCACCACCCCUAAACAUAAAGAUCCAUCAUCUCUACCUUUGUCAGUGUUGUUUAUAGAUUAAGUCUUGUACAUAAAACACAGUUUUGUAUGAAGAGCUAUUUUCGUCAGAAUAAAUCAGGGGACACAUCAGGGUUGAAUGCCCCAAUUUCAAAAUUGAAAUAGUAUCAAAAAUAAAAUAUUUUACUUCUGAAAUGGGCAAAAAAAAACAUUUUUCUUUCCCUUUAUGUUUUUUAUACUAAUUUGUUGAAUUUUUAUUCUUUUUUAAAGGUCUUUUGAUGUUGUCAUUUGUCCUAUUUACUUUUUUUAUUAUCAUUAUUUUGUAUUUUGUUCAUCCUCAGAAAAGUCAUUGCAUGCUUGCUAAAAGGGAAAAAUUGAGAGAAAAAAUGUAUGAAAAUCAAAAGCUAAAAAAAAUGUUGAGGGUAUCCCAAACAUUUGUUUGAGUUGCUUGUUAUAGCAAUUGCUUGUGUUCAAAAGUACAUUUUCUAUGAAAAGAAAGCAAAACUAAAAAGAUCAUUCUAACACCUUGUGCAAUAAAGCUAUCUUUCAUA